AUGCCACAACUAACCGUUCUGAAGCUAAAUCUGCAGAAAUCCCAGUCCAUCAUCCACCUCUUGCCAGUUCUCACCUCUCGAAACUUUGAAAUCACCUUCACACUCAAAAUGCGUUUCUUCGCCGUUGUCGCUCUCCUCGCCUCUGUCGCCGUCGCUAGACCCGCUGAGAAUGGCAUGCUUAACACUCAGCUGUCCUGCAUUGGAUUGAACGACAGAAUGUGCGUUGGCAACCUCACCAGUGGAAUGGGCUGCUGCCCUCCCCUCGUUUGCGGAAGUGACCAUCGCUGCCACUCGACUUACCACUAA